AUGAAGACAUACGCCCUCGCCCUCGUUAUCCUCCAAGCCACCCUCUGCCCGGCAGCGUCCUUUGCCUUUGAGCGUUUUUACGCUGGCAGCUUCGGCUCGACAGACGAAAAUUACGUCGUCUUCGGCAUCCGGCCUACGCCCGGCGCCUCCUUUGCAAACUGCACGCACAGCUCAGAAACCGGUCCUAUCGUGCCGGAGGUGCCCCGGUCGUACUGCCAGGAUGCGCCCGCCGUGACCUGGAGCCUCGCGAGAGUCGGCGAUGGCGACGGCAUGCUCUUGCAAGCUUGGUGGGCGUUCACGAGCCGGGCGUCGCUUUACGGGCAGCGCGUCAUAUCUGAGAAGCAGAUCGUGAGAGAGACUGGAGCAGAUGGCAAGAUUGUGGAAAGCUAUGAGGGGCCGCAUGAGUUCUUGAUGGAGACUGUGACAGUGCCUGGGCCAGGUCUUGUUUGA